CUAGAUCAGUUCAACGAGGCCUACCCCCUGGUCUUUGCAAAGUUUAUUGGCGUAUGACUACGUGGUGUGAAAUAGGCUAGUGACAUUUUUUUGUACAUUCGGUGUUUGAUUUUGAGAAAUGCGAAAUCAUCUAUUUGUAGCAGUAAACAUAAUUUUACAGUAACCUAGCAAAUGCCGUCCUCAUUACUGUUCAGUUCGCAGAGGCACGGUUUAAUUUAACCAUUGAUACGAGGCCUAGUAUAGGCUGUUCGAUAGAUCAUGGCUUCAUGUAAACAAACAUGUAUAACAUCUUUAACUUCGGUAACAAAUAGGCUCGAGUAGCCUACGUUUAAGAACAGUUACCACUCGGAUAUUAGGCUAUUCCAAGUCCAACUAGUAGCAUUUUACAAUGUGAAUGUGAGACAAAGUUGAGGCGAGUCGUGAAAUGGAUUCUUUGAAACACUGUAACCGAGUUUGCUACAAUGUGGUAAUUCCCGUAUGGUUAAUAUUUGGCGGCAGCGGCGGCGUUUGAUUGUCUGGGAAGGAAUGCAUGAGCCUAUUGUAACGAUUAAUGAGUUACCCGAAGGAGCAGUCAAGUCCCCCUCCAACAAGUACCAAGUGUUCUUCUUUGGGACACAUGAGACUGCAUUCCUGGGUCCCAAGGACUUGUUCCCCUAUGAGGAGGGCAAGGAGAAGUUUGGCAAGCCCACCAAGAGGAAAGGCUUCAGUGAGGGUCUAUGGGAAAUUGAGAACAAUCCUACGGUGAUACACGAACCCGCAGGUUAUGAGCUGGCAAAGGAGACCCCAGCAGAGGGGGCGGUGGAGGCAGGUGUGCCGCGAAAGGGGAAUGCAGAAGGAAGCAGUGAUGAGGACGAAGGGACCCUUAUCAUCGAUGAAAAGACCGACAGGGGAGGGGCCAAGAGGAAAGCUGGGGAUUCCGUCGAGAGCUCUCCUAAACGACCUAAGGACACAGAGAGCAAAGGUGACUCGAAGGUGGAUAGCAAGAAGUCUGACACCGAGCUGAAGCUCAAUGACAAGGCAGGGCCUAAGCCCACAGCGCUGUCUUCUGCAGGUGAACCAAAGCCAGAGAGCCAAGCAAAACCACCGACCGAGGCCCAAUUAACAUCAGAGAAGCCUGUGACUGACAGUGCUUAACAUCAACCCUCCGAGGAUGACCAAGGACCCGUGGUUCUUUUCCAUGGAAUUUUGGGCAUCAACAUAAUUAGCUAGUCUUUGAAUGCUAGGUUUCUGCUGUUAUUAAGUAACUGGAAAGUGUUAAGACCUAUAUAGAAAUUGUACAGGCAAAACAAACUUACUUGCCAGUUGGGGGUAUUGAAUAUCCCAGGAUUUAAAUUGUUGUCAAACCAAUAGUGAGGAGAAAUGCAAUGCUCAAGAGGAAAUGGGUUUCGGAUGUGUACAUUUUUUUUUAAGUGCAAUUAUGAAGUCUAGCUGCUAGGUGUCAAAAUGCAUUACAGUUUAGAGAGUACACACGCCCGCCGGUUUCUUAACCAUCUGAACAUAAGCAAACAAAAACACAAUUUGGGGGAAAAUCUUUUGAACAUCACAUUCAUAAUGCUUUUCCAUUUGACAUGAGAAUCCUGCUCAUCCUGUUUUAAAUACGUUUUUAGUUUUGUGGUUCGUUGGUUUGAGAAUAUUAGAUAGCUUUUUAUCUAUGACGGUGUGCUUUAUAAAAAGAACACAUCUUUAUGUUGUUGGCUUUAAGGUGUGUACGGUGCAUUCUGAAAGUAUUCAGACCCCUCCAAAUUUUGUUACAUUACAGCCUUAUUCUAAAAUGGAUUAAAUAGUUUUUUUCCCCUCUUCAAUCUACACACAAUACCUCAUAAUGACAAAGAAAAAAACAGGUUGUUUUA